AUGGACCUCUACACCACCUGUUGCAGCAGCAUGGACCCCUAUACCACCUGCUGCAGCAGCAUGGACCUCUACACCACCUGCUGCAGCUGCAUGGGCCUCUGCACCACCUGCUGCAGCAUCCUGGACCCCUACACCACCUGCUGCAGCAGCAUGGACCCCUACACCACCUGCUGCAGCAGCCUGGAUCUCUACACCACCUGCUGCAGCUGCAUGGACCUCUACACAGCGUGCUGCAGCAGCAUGGACCCCUACACCACCUGCUGCAGCAGCCUGGAUCUCUACACCACCUGCUGCAGCAGCAUGGACCUCUACACCACCUGCUGCAGCAGCAUGGACCCCAACACCACUUGA